AUGUCAACACCUACUGGUCCAACAUCACCUGUUGCGUACGCCUUUCCACACAUUCAGUGGGAUGCCCUGGGGUCUCUGCGGCUAACGGCACAAGAGACUGCACUCUUGAGAAUGGCUGAAACCAAUCCUAUCGAUUACACAUUGGCAGAUUCCCGGGAUGCUUCCAUGUACGCCCGAGUUUUGUUGAAGCUUCUAGCUGAAGCUAGUUCUGCUGGAGCUGGUUCAGGCGAAGUUUCCAGAUUCACAGACAAAUGUACCGAUGAACAAGCAAUGCAAGCAUUGGAUAUGGACCCCCUCGGUGUAGUCACUCACUAUUCUUUGACAAAGCUUAAUCAAAUUGUCACAACCUUGAGCGCAUCUGUAAAGGAUGUUUCUGUCUCGUCCGUAUUCUAUGUCGGGAAGGAUGGACUUUUGGUGGAACAAUGGAAGGCACUAUUGAGAAUUCUGAACAAAGGAGGAAAAGGGGAUGCUUUUGCGCAGAAAGUUGCCUCGUUAUCACUGGCAAAAAUCAUUAUUGCAUCGUGUCCAUCGAAGCGUAGUGCUUCCGGGACUCGUCCAGUUUCCUAUGCUUCUGCUCUGGAACCAAUGGAAGCGUUGAAUAGUUGGAUUGUCAAUCAUCUUAAGGGGUCUUCUGGUGGUGCAGUUGGGCUAUGUUCUCCUGCUUUGAUGGUAAUGAUGGAUGCUAAAGAGUCGAGAAUGAUGUUUUGCGAAGCUGGAGGUAUCAAAUACAUUGCACGUCAAUUGCGGACUGAGAAUGGAAAAAAUAGCGACAAGAAAAACAAAGUUGGGCAAGGAUCGGUUCAACAACUGUACGAACUGGCCUUUUGUUUGUGGAUUCUCACCUAUGAAUUGAAUCAAUCACACGUGAUUCGAGCUGAUUUUGCCAAGGAUGGUCAACCAGUCUUGGCAUUGGUGGAAUUGGUUUCUCUUGCUCCUCGUGAGAAGGUUGUCCGUGUUGCCCUAUCCUCACUACGAAAUCUUGCCACCUGUACUUCGGAUGAGGACCCAGAACCAGCCCUCACAACGAAGUACGAUGGAAAGCACUUUUUGUCGGAAAUGAUUGCUUAUGGACUCAUGAAAUCGGUUUCUUUGUUGAGAGAAAGACAGUUUACUGAUCCGGACAUGGCAGAGGACGUUGGCUCUCUGCACAAGCUCUUGACCGACAACUUCCAUGAAAUGACACGAUGGGAAGUCUACAAGAACGAAGUGGAAUCAGGGCACCUCAAGUGGGGCUCUACGCACACUGAGGCAUUCUUCAAGGAGAAUGCUCGCAUGAUUGAGGGAUCUGAUGGGGAUUUCCGCCUUCUGAAAGUUCUCAUCGCUCUUCUUUCUGGACAUGAUGAGGAUGUCACAACGAUUGCAUGCUACGACAUUGGAGAGUUUGUUCGUCACUACCCCAAUGGUAGAGCGAUUGCAAAGCGCCUCGGGGCAAAGGAGCUGGUCAUGCCGCUUAUCGAACAUGAAAACCCGGAAUUGCAACGCCAUGCAUUACAAUGUGUUUCAAAGAUCAUGGUGAAUAAUUGGGAAUAUGUCAAAUAA